AUGGUCUCAUUCAAACCCACCCCAAACCUCAUCCUAAUGGCCUUUGCAGCAAUGCAAAUAGCCCAUGCAGCCCCAUCCACAACUGUCGACGUCAGCACCAAAGAUAACGACCCUGAACCUGGUAAACCUGAUAACCCUUUGUUCGCUUGCGAAAUCAAAUCCCGCACCUGCCGAGAGCCCGCGAACUACACAGGUCUUCGCUAUGACCCCCUCAACCUCAACUUGGGAGUUUGCUACGAUCCAUCGUUUGUCAAAGAUUUUUACAACUGGCUUUCGAGCUCUAAAAAAAGAGGAAAGUUUAUUUCUACUUAUUACGUUAGUUGUCCUGCUGGUGACCUGAAUUGUCAGUCCAAGUGUAAGGGUAUGACUGCUGACAAAAUUGAGAAUGUGGUCAAGGAUGGAAUCCGGGAACAAACCGAUUGUCAUGCUUCUGUUAGUUGUUGGGACAUGGAAGGACUUGAUAAGCACUGUUACAAGUCGCAGUAG